AUGAAUUGGACACUGUCCACUCAAACGAGGGUAUAUAGGCAACCCAGUGGCAGUAUGGAAACUUUCACUGUGGACUCCGUGAAGGAGUCAUCAGCAGCCAUGCUGAUUCCUUGUCUGUGGACAACCCUGCCAUGGAUUGUCUUGGGCCAGACGUACUAUAUGAGCUUCAUUUUCAACAACUAUGGCUAUGGAGUGAAACCAUCGGUCAUAGAGGCACCUGAUCUUGGAUUACCCGGCAUUAAGAAGCCACCAAAGAGAGUUGAGGAUACUCUUGAGCUUAGCUCAAUGGAACAGUCGCGAAAAUCUGGUGAGCAUCCAAGGCCCAUGGUCGAUGUGGAUAGCGAUUCUAAGACUGCCGACACUCCAGAAACAGCCAAGGAGAUCACCACAGAGUCCUUCAAAUCCACAGGAAUAGGUGAAGGCAGAGAAGAGACAAGCUCAAAAGCACCUGAUAGAGAUACAACGGAAUCAAAUGAUUGGGGAACCCUGCCAAUCGGGGAAGGAACCACACAACCUAUGGACACCGCAACCUCCAAAGCUUGGGAAGCGACCUGGCCCCCGGUGACCCCACAUUCACCAGAGUUCUUCGAGUAUCCCGAAGCCGUCUGUCACGAGGAAAUGGAUCUGCAUGAGGUCUUUGGCAUCCGUCUGGAGCGAGAUCGAGGUUUGGCCACCAAGAUCCUGUGCCAGUUCAAAAACAACUGGGGCGGACCUUGGCUACUGAUGACGCGGGUCGAGCUUCCAGUCCGGAUCCACAUGCGUCACUGGUUCCUUGGUUACGUGACCGAAGACUACAAGGACUUGAACAUCAAUUUCUUGGCCUUGGCUCACAUCAUGAAUAACAUGCGAACGGCCAUGCUGAUCAUUGGGCAGGAUGCAAACGAUCAAUUGGUGUAUAACCUGUACGAUGACGUGGUCAUCUCCUCCUUCAACGAUGUCUUUAUGAUGCGCAAGGCUGAGCUGGUGGAGGCCAAUGCCACGGAUAUGCUUUUUCUGGCCGUGGGCAAGACACUUAGCUCGUAUGCCGGCAUGAAUCGUUCAUAUCCUCUGCAAGUCCUGGGAAGCUGGUGGGGCAAUACAGUGAAGCAGAAGGAUAUGAAUAAGGGUUACUCAUGUGUCUUUCCUAGGGAACGAAAUGUCACACAACCCGGGUAUAUGGCCAUCUUCAUCAAACCCAGUAUGUUUAGGAAUAAUAACACAGCUUUCUAUAAUACGAUGAUCACCACACGACGACCCUGGGGAGUGACUGUGGACCCAGAUCUUAUGAAGGAGGUUAAAAAUAACAAAACUGAAUAUGAAAUCCAUCUUAACCAGAAAUUCCGACGCAGCAAGCAAAUCGUACAACAAGAACUUGAACGGCGAGCGAAGAUCUUUGAUUCCAUUGAAAAAGUACGAAAUGGAAUGGAAUAG